CAAUGAAAAAGUGGCAGAGCUGCAGCAGUAUCGAUAGCUUUGCCACCACUACUGAUAGUGAAAAGAAUCAAAUAGACCAAGUUUUUUUAAUUAAUGAAAUUGUUUUUAAGUAGGCCACAUACAAAUAAAUAAUGGCAACUAAAACGAGUACAAUUGAACGCAAUGCAAACGGCAGCGUAAAAUCAGCGCCCCUCAGUGACAUUUGCUCCCGCGCCCUUACAGCAAAGUCUGAAUGGGACAAGGACGAGUUCCUGGACGUAAUAUAUUGGUCACGACAAGUUUUUGGCAUAAUACUCGGCAUUAUUUGGGGAAUAAUACCGCUGAAGGGUUUUCUGGGCCUCGUGCUUUUCGCCGGCAUCAGCUGUGGCGUGGUAUACCUAUACGCCAUUAAUUUUCAGAUGGUAGAUGAGGAAGCUUACGGAGGGGCUUGGGAGCUGGUGAAGGAAGGAUUCAUGACGUCUUUUGCCGGCUUCUUGGUGACGUGGAUAAUAUUUUACACCGGCCUACACUACGAUACGAUAAUGGCUGCUAAAACGACAACAUAAAAUUGCAAAUCGGAAGCAAUACCAAUUACCAGAUCCAAAAUUCAACCAUUAAAAUAACCGCUAUUCCUGCAAUUCCAAUCGCGUAGCCAAAUAAGUUAAAAAUCGUUUUGACCUGUAUUUUUUUAACUUGUAGAUUGUUAAAUUCUUAGCUAAUUACGGAACCAGCAUUUAACAUUAAUAGUUGCGUGUUGCAAGUUUGGAAGUUUUCUGUGAAAAAUUCCUAUCAGCAACUUGUUAUCGAGAAUAAAGUUUUGUAGUGCAGAAUAGA